AUGGCAGAAACAGUAAACGAGGUCUACGACGUAAUCAUCAUCGGCGCUGGACCAUGUGGUCUCGGCGUCGCAGCCCGUCUACGCGAAGAGACACCCUCGGCUAUGUUCACCGACGAAGAACACCAGCGGUAUCACUGGAUCAAGAAACACCGCGGGAAAAUGUCCUUAGUACGUGCGCAGCGCCGCAAGAACAAGGGUGUGCCAACAAAUCUGCAGAUAUGCAGACCAGAGUCUUGUUGUGUUCGCGGCAACAGCAAGUAUUCGACUCUCGUCCUGGAUAGCUCCGGGUCUCGCUGGAUGGAACGAUGGAAUCGGGCGUUCCUGGCCCUCGAAAUCGAUCAUCUGCGUAGCCCGAUGUUCUUCCAUUUCGACCCGGGUGACCGUGAUGGGCUAUUGGCGUAUACGCGGGAGACGGGCAGGGAGAAGGAGCUUUUUGAGCUUUCGGGGUGUGUUGGGCAUGAGCUUAGCAAGCAUAAGAGGAAGAAGAUGAGAAAUCAGUCCCAGUUCCCGCAUGAAGCCGAAAUCAAUGAACGAGAUCGCAAAGAUUACUUCACUCCGGGUACCCGGCUAUUUGCUGAUUACUGCGCGUCUAUUAUCACACGAUACGGGCUGGACGGGGUGGAUCAGAUUCGGCAGUCAGACGUGCAUGAUAUAAAGUUUGCAGAGAUAGAAGGGUCCAAAGAGAACACGAAGCUGUUCACUGUAUCGACUUGCUGCGGAUCACUGCAUAGUAGAGCAGUAGUGCUAGCGAUUGGUCCUGGCCAUACAAAGAUGAUGCCUUGGGAGCUGUCCCCAGAGGAACAGAGGGGUGCAUGCCACAGUUCUGAAAUUGGAAUGAAGUUCCCGAGUCCGCUGUUGGCGAAGAAAAUCGAGUAUCGCGAGGUGACAAAUGUGGUGGUUGUUGGCGGUGGCCUGACUUCGGCGCAAAUAUCUCACGUUGCAAUCCGCAAAGGGGUGACUAAAGUAUGGCAUAUCAUGAGAAGUGAGUUGAAAAUCAAGCAUUUCGAUGUCGGUCUCAAUUGGGUGGGAAAAUUUAAGAACUAUGACAAGGCUGUAUUUUGGUCAGCAGAUGAUGACAGGGAACGGUUCGAAAUGCUUCAAUCCGCACGGAAUGGCGGGAGUAUCACGCCUCGGUAUUAUAAACUCCUCAAACAACACAUCGCACAUGGCCGUUUAUCAAUCCACACAAAUACGGUCAUCCGAGAAAAACACUUCGACCCCAUCUCCCAGACCUGGCGGCUCUCAACUGAUCCGCCUAUUCCGGAAUUGCCGCUAUGCAUCGACUACAUCUGCUUCGCAACAGGGAUGCAGACUGACGUAACCCAGAUGCCUCUGCUGCAGUCCAUGAACCGGGACUAUCCCAUUGAGACCAUGAAUGGAUUGCCCUGCCUGACAGACGAUCUCAUGUGGAAAGCUAGUGUUCCUUUGUUUGUCACCGGGCGGCUAGCUUCGCUCCGCCUAGGCCCUGCAGCGCCAAAUCUUGAAGGAGCUCGAGCUGGAGCUGAGCGAAUUGCUUGGGCUUUGGAAGACGUGCCUGGGAUGACCUGUACUGGUGCAGACCGUCCAAGAGAAGAAGAGGACUUGCAUAAAGCAUUUUGCGGACUGGGUAACCGGUACAGCAGCCUGAAUGAGGAGUAG